CUUUCAGCGCUACUAUUGCACUGGUCCGAACAACAUUUAUCUUACGUAUUAUCUGCAGAACGUAUUGUUUCAAACACGUAGCCCGUCAACUACUGCAACAUGGCGUCUACGUGUAUCCACGAUAGUAGAAUGGUCUGCGCAACAUCACCUGAUGGCUGCACUCGCCGCAGCUUCCUGGACCAGUGUGACAUGUAUGAAUAUAACUGCGACUAUGGAACACGAUAUCAGGAAACAUACAUACUGUUCUGUGCUAGUUACAUGGGAUCGUCUUCUUUCACCUCAAAGGACUUACCACAAACAACAACCCACAAUGAUGGUAUUAAAAAUGAGACACAAAUAUUAAACAAAACUCUUACAAAUAUGACUGAUUGUACUUGUAAUGAAACCAAAACUGAUCAUGAUGACAGUAAAAUAAGAACUACUAAUUCUUCCAUGGAAGAUAAAGCCAAAAGUACUGAACAAUUUACUAACGUCACACAGAGAUAUACUAUAACAAAUUCUGACUUUCAAGUUAGUUCAAAAACAUCGGCUUCUGUGAAGUCUAAGUAUAUAAGUGCACAUACUAUAACACAACCUAUACUUAUCAAGAAGAAUGAAAGUAACAUGGUAAAUGCUAUUGAGCUAUUCUGUUGUAAUAGACCAAGAACAUGGGAAACCACAACAGAAAACAUAGCAACAAUACCUUAUUAUUUAUCUGUCAGUAAUUCAGAUAAAGCAAUACCUUACAAACGCAAAACGAAAUCGAUCCUACAGACAGAAUUUAAAAACAUAACCUUAAAAGAUUCGUAUACAUUUCCAACAACAAAUAGUUCUAAGACCGCUAAAGAUCUUCCACAUUCUUCACGAAAAAAAAAUGUGACUACGACGAAGUAUAUAAAAAUGACGCCAAAAAAUAUUAUGUUGACAGAACACCUACAUCCAAGUUCAACGAAUGUAAAAAGCAAACCCAAUAUUGGUUUGAACAAUUGUAAUCGCCCUAAAACGUGGGAUACGACUUUAGAACUACUUAACAAGUGGCCUAUAACUAACGCAUUCGAUGAAAUAUCUGCAGCAAACACACAGCCUCUAAGUUCAGAUAGAGAUACGGUUACAACAAAUGCAUUAUCACAUACAGAUGUCAUUUAUUCUUCUAAAUUUCAAAGUACUUCAGUUACUAGAAGCACACUUGAGAACCUUACAGAUCGCACGAAAAGAUCAACUUUAUACAAGGAUCAUAUAGAGCUGAAAAAACGUAAACAAAUUAAAAUUUCAAGCUCAUCUUGUAAGACAAAAUGUCAAAGACCACAUUCAUGGAUUACUACAACCAAGAAAGGAAUGAGGAUAAAUAAAAAUUAUAUUUAACGAAGAAAAUGAAACCCUGAAAAUGUUGAAGUUUUGACUUAGGUACAUACAAAUAAAAUAAAUAAAAUAUGA